AUGAACAUUGAACAAACUGAUUUACUUUUAGAAUACCAAAAACAAAUUUUAACUGAAAUAGUCGAAGAAGAUGGAUUAUUAGUGAUUAGCCGUGGUUUGGGAUUAAGAAUAAUAAUAUGUUCCUUACUGAAAAUUUACUCGCAAAGAAAGAAUUUGGUAAUUCUGUUAAAUACACCUUCAAAAGAAGAAUUGAGCAUUAAAGAAGAAUUAGCACAAAUUGGCAUUAGUAAACCUGGGCUCAGAAUUGUCAAUAAUGAAAUGAGCGCUAAAGAAAGAAUUCUUAUAGUUGAUCUUUUGACUAAGAAAAUCCCAACUCAUUUAAUAACCGGAAUAUUUGUUAACCAUGCUGAAAGAAUAAAUGUAACAUCUACUGAAGCAUUUAUACUAAGAAUAUUUAGGCAAGAAAAUAAAGAAGGAUUUAUCAAGGCAUUUUCAGAUUCACCAGAGACAUUUGUUUCAGGAUUUUCACCACUUCAAACAACAUUACAGUUACUUCAAUUAAGAAAAGCAUUUUUAUGGCCAAG